AUGGCCCAGACAUCAUCAUCCUCUUACUCGUUCUUCGAUUCACCGUUAUACCACCCGUCAGUGAAGGACACCAUGCAUGGAAACCUAGGACCCCUGGAAGAUGAGGAAUCCCGAAGAUCGCCUGGCAUCGAAGCCGCCGGGGAUAACCUCAACUCACCGGCAGAAGGCUCGUCGGUAGGCGGCGGAAUUAUAAACGAAAAUUCCGCAUCAUCUGAAUACGGCGAUAGGAAUUCUCGAGAGACGUACUCGGCGCAGGAUUUCCACCAAGAAUUUUCUACAGACUUUUCCGCGGAUUAUUCCCAGGAACCCAUCCGAGAGGAGCCGUCGAGAGGGCAUUACCAGAAACCGUCCAGGAGUUCCUUUGGAUCGGCAGGCCAUGGUGGUGAGGAAGUGCAGGAAAUUGUUAAAGAGGAUAGAUUGCCCAUUGCGCCUUCUCCGCCUCCUGCUGUUGCUCCUGCUACUUCUGCUACUUCUUCACAUGUUUCGAAUACGGAGAUGCAUAGCCAUCCGGAUCCAGAUCAGAACCAGACACCGGUUCCUUCACAAAGUGGAUUAUCUGCUCCACCGCAUGUGCAACAUAUCCAGCAGAGCCCACAACAGCAGCAGCAACAGCAACAGCAACAACAGCAAGGUGACGUAGAACAGCAACAGACGGAUUUUUUACCCUCUGAAUUCGUCGAGCCUAAAUUUAUAAGCAUCCCGUCACCGAUGGUCCAACAGCAAGUCGUCCAGCUGCAGCAAAGACGUGAACAGCCAGAACUUGAAGUAGACGCGAUACAAUCGCAACAAGUUGCACAGCAGCUAGAACACGAUAUGUCUCCAAGAUCACAGACAUCGCAGCAUAGUCAGGCGCACAGUCAGGCGCAUAGUCAGGCGCAUAGCCAAGCACAUAGCCAAGCUCCCACGCACAGCUACAGAGAUACAGCACCAUCCCCAGCGGGAUCUGUUUCUUCGCUACUGCAGUCGAGUUCGCCAGAGAUUUUUAUGCAUCAAAACAGACAGCCUAGAACUUCUUUUUCAUCGGGAAUACAUUCGCAAAUGAUUAUUGGACGUGGGGCAGAGCCGCAGAGGGAUGCCAAUGCUUUUGCUCCUUCGUCUUAUGAAUCGACAUAUUCGGUGGGGCAGCCGAGGCCAGAUUUCCCUAAUUUUAGUAGGACGACGAGUCAGUCGCAUGAAGGCGGUGUUUCGCUUGAUAGUCGCGAGGAGCAACAGCAGCAGCAACAACAACAACAGCAGCAGCAGCAGCAGCAGCAGAAUGGGCCGUGGGGCAGCGCUCGGAUUGGUGGAAGCACUGGGAUGCGGCAUGCAAGUUUUGGUAGUAGCACGAGUCCUGUAAGCGCACGUGGCAGCGAGAGUUUAAUGGCCACGCUUGCUAGUGCGAAAGAAUCGGGAAGUGCUGGGGUCAUUGCUAGACCGACGCCGCCUAGUACGACUGGAAGUGCUGCGAAAGAUGGGCAAUCUGGUGGAUAUGCUCCACCCAGUGUGAUUCCUCCUAAGCAUGUGCAGCAGGAGCAGCAGCGACAAGGAAUUUCGACGCACCAUCAUCAUCACCAGCAGGGGGUUAUGCAUGGUGAGGGGCAAUUGAAGGACCAUAAUUCGUUUGGACCAGCUUUUCAGAGCCGUCCCAUCCAGCAGCAGCAGCAGCAGCAGCUACCAAUUCAACAUCCUAGCCAGGGCUCAAAACCUACUGCCCAUCACUCGUCUGGGUCGGGUAUCUUAUCACCGUCGUCGCAGUUAUCAUCUUAUCCGUUUACCCCUCAAGCUAUUGGCACACAAUCUUCUGCCACAUCAUCAACAGCUGCAGCGCCCGGGGGUGGUGGCAGGUUUCAAGGCGGCAAGCCAGAGGCGCCGUCACCGGCUGGAAGCGGGACGUCAUAUGGAAAUUCCCCUCUUCCAAUGCUUCAUAAUGUACCUCCACCUGCCCCGUCUGCUCCACCUCCAACUGAGAGGUAUCAGAUGCCACCUGGUGUUGCCCAGGCUUUUAACGCUGUUAAGGACUCUUCUAGAGAGGAGUAUCCUACUCAGACUCACUUCAGUCCAACAAAGCCUGGGAAUGUUAUGAGCGCUGGUAGCAGUUCAUUGAAUCCGAAUAGACUCUCUGGUGGAUAUCCGAAGACACAAUCUCACGGCGCCCCACCUAAAAAUAGUCCCAAAUUGACCGGUAGCAUUGGUGGUGUUCAACUGGGCUCUGCGAACGGAGGCAAGGGAUUUAGUGGCAUUGGAGGACAUCUAGGUGGUACUAACGGUGGUACCUAUAUCGUCGGUGGGGUCAAAAUACCCACCUCGUCACUCGAAUUACCCCGCCCUCCAAGUAUAUUCGAAGAGGACCCGAUCCCAGCGGAAUAUCGUCCCAACAAGAGAAUUCAAAGCGCAGACCAAGAGUCAAUUGACGGCCGAUUAGGACGACUUCCCGAGAAACCUGGUUCCGGAGCGAGUAAUUAUAGUACCGGCCAACCUUCCCAUAUCGGACGAGGUAUCCUCGGCGAGAGCCCCGUGCGGACCCAGGGGCUUGGGAGCAUACCUGCGCAAAGCAGCUCAAGGGACUACACCUCCCCGCCCAUGCCAUCUUUGGGUAGCGGAUCGCUCGCUGGUAGCACAAAAGAGAGCGUAAUGCGUGGUCACUGGGGCUCCACCGGGGCGACUUCCAUCCCCGCUGCACGCCAACGCAACAGUAGCGGGGAUGCUUCUGCUUCUUCGUCCCAUUUAAAAAACCAAGUCUACGACGAUCAUUCCUACCAGCGACAGGAUGAACCGCGCGACCACUCUCGACCACGAGAUCAGUCUCAGUCGGGAUUAAGCUCCUCUGCCAGCGGACUCGGAGAGGCUAGAAAUUACGUUGGAGAAUAUCAAUCCCCUCCUCUACCCACACAUGCACAGAGAGAACAUCGCCUGUCGCAGACUUACGACCCACAGUCUGGACCACGGCCUGGCCACUUCCUCCAACAUCUUCACUCACAAAUGCAUGCGGCAACGGAGAGGGGUCAGCAACAGCAGCAACAGCAGCAGCAGCAGCAGCAGUACUCUCAACAGCAACAGCAACAGCAACAACAGCAAGUGCCGCCACCGCCACAACAAAGUCAUAAUUGGCCGACGAGCAGUAGUGCUGGGUCUGGAUCCUCGUUCCAUGGCAGCAGACUAGGCGGUGCACAUCAGCAGCAGACACCUCAGCAGUCGCAUUCGCAGGCUAGCACGCACCAGAACAGUCUUCCACGACAUAUUCUAACCUCACCGCCUGCCAAUCCCAUGUCGCCGGAUGUAUAUCAACAUACUAACCCGAGCGUGGGCCCUACACCGGAACUUCCUAUCCUCUCUCACCCUUCGCUUCGACGGACAGAGAGUAUGGACCAAAAGGAUACGGAAGACGAUUAUUUCGACUCGCUAUCCUCGUUAUACCCGACAUUACCAACCGACCAUCUCCGAUCGCUCCAUAAAUUCGCUCUCUUCCUUUGCGACGAUGCCAUGGCCGGUGAUUCGGUUGACAAACUGAGGGAGUUCUUGAGGGCUAAUAAUAGGUCAUCGCAGAACUACUCUAGCUAUGAGGAUAACGAAGAGGUUUUGGAUGCGCAGGAGAAGCUGAGGAAGAUUACCGAUGCAAGAAUGAAGAAGUGGAUCGAGUGGAUUGACCAAGAGGAAGUGGAGAGGAAGAAGCAGGCCGGAGCUGGGUUACAGAAGAUUGUCAAUGAAAAUCCGAAGGGUAAUGGAUCGCUUACGGGAACUACUUAUAAUGAUCGCGAUGAUACUCCUACGGAUGAAGAAGCAAUGGCUAGAAAAGAGGCUCUUGCAUCUCCAGUUCACUCUAAGAAGUCAGAGGUCAUUGGUCACAAGCACCUCGAGGUCGAAGAGGACGAGAAACGACCGAUUUCACCACCAGAGAACCUUCUUUCGCCUUCCCCGACACCGACAUACAUCCAAGUUGCAAAGGCGCCAAAGGUGGAUCUCGUCUUGCAGAUGCCACGACCAAUUGUCACAGUUCCGACCAUGAAAUUGGAUCCCAGUAAUAGGCGACAGGAUGAUGAAAUGUCCACUGUGGCUGACAGCGAGAUGGGCGACGCCGCGGACUUUGGAUCCUAUAGUCAAUAUGCUGUUCCAUCGAACGGGAAUUACAGACCCAUUGAUCCAAAGGCUCUUGCGACAUUGCUUACAACAUUCAAUCGUGGGAAUGCAACCCGCCACAGCGGCCUUGUUUCCGGCCCGACAUCACCUUCGCAAGAUAUCCCGCCACUGCUUCAUGCAGCUUAUGCAGCUCUAGAAACGGCAACAAAUAGUCCAUCGCUCGAAACAUACCUCAACGACGCCCGUCGCGGUCUUGAACAGAAGACUAUCAACCUCGCUCGAGAUGCUGAGUCGGAAGCUGUAUCCCGUCGCCAACUUCAUCAACAACAGACGAAUAUGUACUACAGCACCCGUCGAUACACACCUGACGAACUUCAGAGCGCCAAUAUUGAGUUCGAAAAGAGUGAGGCAAAGAUUAAACUCGAGAUGGAGAAGAAAGCAUACCUUCUUUUCGAAAACGAGUAUGUUGAGGUCUGUUAUAAGGAUGUUAAGCGCCAGCUUGAGAUUUUGGGUGGAAAGUGGUAUGAAGAAGUCAGGAUAUGGUUGAUCGGUGCCGCUGCUUCAGCGAAGACAACAACGGCUUUGGAUUACCACCUCAUUCUUGAGUGUAUCGACCUCCUCAACAAGUUCUUCGAGACAAUGGAGCAACAUGAACAUGUGCUACAGAACUUGGUGUCAGAGAGAAACGGACGUUAUCUUCACGUUUCGAUUGCGCCACUACUACAGUUUGGUGAUACAGUUCGUGCGCAGGAUGCGGAGCGUAGAUUCUGGGCGGACGAGCAGGAACGACAGCUAAUCGCUAAGAAGGAUUCGCUCAAGCGGGCCAAGGAGCAUUCUACCACUAUUGAGAUGGUUGUUACAGAUGUAAUCCGUGGGCUCAAGCGGAAGUACGAAGAGGUUGUUGAUGGAAUCAAUAACGUGAUCUUCCAGUUCCCACAAUCGGUUAUUCCGGAUUUGUUCAGACGGUUCUUCGAGUUUGACAAGAAUAGGAAUUUACCGCCUGCUCACCAUUCCGAAGCCGACUUUGUAGUCCCCAAACCGAUCAUCGAGUUACUAAGGGAUGGAACGCAGAAUAUGAGUGAUCUGCUCGGGCUGAUGAAGUUGGCGAUGGAGUUCCAAAAUAAACCACAGAUCAAGAUGUGUGAAGCCAAAUGUUCUCUGCAGGUGGCGGAGGAACAUGCACAGACAGCUGGAGUUACUUCGCCGUCUCAGACGAGUAAUGCUUGUUCGGCUGGGCUUGGAAAAGUGUGGCCACCGGAGCUGAAGAGGUUGCGCGAGGAGCAGAACGCAAAGUUGGCGGGCAUACAAGAGGAUCUGAUCGAUAUCCUUAGACGGUUGAAUGCGAUGGUUUCGGCGUUCGAGAAGGAUCCUAGAUUACCUAGCUCCCUUGCCUCGGGACAACAACAUUCGAACCAGCACGCAAGUCAACAUUCAAGCCAGCAUUAUGCGCCGGCGCCUCCACAGCCACAACAACAGUCUCAGGUCCAGCAGCAGGUCCAGCAGCAACAGUCAUCACAUGGACAUCAUCAUUCGCAGAGUUGGCAGGGUCCUGCUGAAUUGGAUGCUUCGAACCAUCAGGGUGGGAAUGGGAUGUAUAAUGAGAAUAGAUGGAGUGCUGGGUCAUUAUCUGGCCUUGGAGGGUUGACGGGACAUCAAAUAGGGCACGGAGGUCAUGGGCUACAUGCAUCGCAAUCGCACCAGCAACAACAGCAGCAGCAACAACAACAGCAACAGCCGGGGUUGUUGCACCAUCAGUCGCAGAUGCAUAGUCAACAUGUGACGCAGCAGCAGCAGCAGGGACUUGGUGGGCAUCAUGGAGGGUUAGGUGGUCUACCUAGCGGAUUGCAUUCGUUGGUUCAACAGCAGGGUGGUCAUUUGGGAGGACAAGGGUUGGGGGGUGGAUAUUUGCAGCAGCAGCAGCCGCAACAAAGAGGGUCGCAGAUGGGUGGACAUAUAGGUGGUCAUCAGGGGGGACAGCAGGGAGUUCAACCAGGGGGUGUUCCGGCGUUGAGGACUAUGCUUGGGAACUUGAGGGCUGGGGGACAUAAUUAUGGACUUUCGCAGGGUUCGUCAAGCGGUGGUGGAGGAGGAGGUAAUGGUGGCGGCGGUGGUGGUGGAGCAGGAGGGUAUGGUGCAUACUCUGGGGGUCAGGGGAUAUGGCAUGGAAGCGGCAAUGGACAGUAG